GAGGGAUAUCUGAGCUAGAAGAAGCCAAGAAGAGAGGAAGAGAGUCAAACUCAAACCACUGCACCGUGCAAGAAAGGAAGAACGAGAAGCAAAAAGAUGAAGACUUUCACCCUCCUCGUCCUCUUUGGUCUGCUGGCUGCCUGCACAUCUUUGGGAGAUGUAGACGUCUCCUUGGAGGUUGAUGUAGAUGCUCCUGUGGACGUUGAUGAUGCUGCUCCUACUGAUGCUCCUGCUGAUCCUGAUGUCGACUCCUCAGCUUCUGACUCCUCCUCUGCCUCUGACUCCUCCUCUGCCUCAGACUCAGCAUCUGACUCUGCUUCAGAUUCUGAUUCUGCAUCUGAUUCCGCCUCUGAUUCCUCCUCAUCCGAGUCCAACUCCGUCAGUGCUGAAGCCACACCUGGACCUGAGCAUGUGGUGGUGAAGAGAUCUGUAGCUGCUUCUAUGCUGAGGAGACACAGGAGAGCAGGAGCCACACCUGCUGCUGACCUCACUCCCCUCCAGCUGGAGAGCCUGAGAGAGGUGUGCGAGGUGAACGUGGCCUGUGAUGAAAUGGCCGACACAAACGGCAUCGUGGCGGCUUACACCGCAUACUACGGCCCCAUUCCAUUCUAAACCUCAGAGGGAAGCUGCUUCCACAUGGACUCGAACGUAAUCCCCAUGUACACGCAACAAAUGAGCUUUAUAAGAUAUGAGCGGGUUCCACUACCUCCCUGCUUUGCCUAGAGGAAAAACGAGGGAACGAGAAAGCUGUUGUGGGUUUUACCCUCAAUUAUGCCAGGUUUUGCUACAGUCGUGUGCUUUCAUUGAAACCACUACUGAGAGCUGCUUUCGUGCUUUGCAUCAGUGGCAGCCGCAACCACGACAAGUCAUUUGUGUAGUAGUCUAAGAAUAGUACAAGUCUCUCGCUAUGUUCGUAAUCUGUGGUUUGAUCAAGCUAACUGACAACUGUAGUACGUCAUAAGAACUGAAAGACGCCUUUUCCACUAAUGUAAUGUAAUCUUAGGGGUACUGUGUUUUAUCUGUACAGACUAACUGUGCAUUAGUAGGCAAACCAUACAUAUACAGUGCUUUUUUUACUUAGUAUUAAGUUAUUAAUUUUUU